AUGUCUUCCCCAAGCAAGCGCAGGGAGAUGGAUCUGAUGAAGCUGAUGAUGAGCGAUUACAAGGUGGACAUGAUCAACGACGGGAUGCACGAGUUCUUCGUCCACUUCCACGGGCCCAAAGACAGUAUUUACCAGGGUGGUGUGUGGAAGGUGAGGGUUGAGCUCACAGAAGCUUACCCCUACAAAUCCCCUUCCAUUGGCUUCACCAACAAGAUCUAUCACCCAAAUGUUGAUGAGAUGUCCGGUUCGGUCUGCUUGGAUGUGAUCAACCAGACCUGGAGCCCAAUGUUCGACCUUGUGAAUAUCUUUGAGGUGUUCCUGCCCCAGCUUCUCCUCUACCCGAACCCCUCGGACCCCUUGAACGGCGAGGCGGCUUCGCUCAUGAUGCGCGACAAGAAUGCCUAUGAAAAUAAAGUCAAAGAAUAUUGUGAGAGAUAUGCCAAGCCUGAAGACAUAUCCCCGGAGGAGGAGGAGGAGGAGGAGGAGGAGAGCGACGAGGAGCUGAGCGACGCCGAGGGCUACGACUCCGGCGACGAGGCCAUCAUGGGUCACGCAGACCCUUGA